AUGCAGAACGACAAUACAAACAUUUUUGGUUCGUCCAACCUCUUCGGUAACACCAAUACCGCCGGUACCACUGGUACAACGGGUACGGGAUUAUUCGGUACUACCAACACCGCUGGCACCGCUAAUACCACGGGUUCAGGGCUAUUCGGUAGUACCACCACUGCCAACACCACGGGGGUAACGGGUACAGGAUUGUUCGGUAGCACCAGCACCACCAGUACAACUGGAACACCAGGCAGUGGUUUAUUUGGUAACAUCGGUGGCACUAAUACCACCGGUACUACGGGAACGACUGGAACGGGGUUGUUUGGCAGUACCACUCCUGCUACUACUACUGGUACACAAGGUACAGGAUUAUUUGGCAGUACCAAUACUACCGGUGCUACUGGUACCAACAUUUUCGGUACUAACACGGGCACAGGUGGCUUGUUUGGAAGCACAGGAACUGCGACAGGCACAACUGGUAGCAACAUUUUCGGAAGCACUCCCGCUACGGGUGGCAACCUGUUUGGUACCAACACCACCGGGACUACGUCGACGGGCUCGAACAUCUUUGGCACGAACACUGCCGGAACUACGUCUACUGGUACCAAUAUUUUCGGAACCAACACUACUGGAUCCACAACAGCUACUAACACUAACAUCUUUGGAACAAACACCGCGGGCACUACAACAACACCCAGCACCAAUAUCUUCGGCACCACAACCAACACGGGUGGCAGUAUCUUCGGUAGCACUCCCGCUGCGACGGCACCGGCCACAACAGGUACAACUGCUGGCAGCUCUACCACCAACAUAUUCGGAACUGGAAACACUACCGGGUCGAACAUUUUCGGUGCCUCGACUACAACUCCGACGACAGGCACAGGUAUUUUCGGUUCCACUAGUACCGGUUCGACAUCUGGAACAAGCCUGUUUGGUGCCGCGCAACCUGCCACUCCUACAGCUACGAGCACGCCUCUAUUUGGUACUGCAACCACCACUACAGCCCCAGGAUCCAGCGUGCAAGGGGCCUCCGCGACCACUUCGCCGGCGACUAGCUUAUUCGGUUCCACUCAACCUGCGUCUGGAUCGACCACGACGAACAACAUUUUCGGGCAAUCGGCCAGCAGCUCGACAACUUCUGGCACGUCGUUGUUUGGUUCCUCUGGCACAAGCGGCGCUGCUGCUACGCCGAGCACGUCUACGACAAACAUUUUCGGCACGUCUUCUACCCCGGCAGCAACUACAUCUGGCACAAGUCCUACCUCCGGUACCACUGGCACACAGGGUGCAGGAUUGUUUGGUACUACAAACACCAGUGGCACGACUGGUACAUCAUCUCUCUUCGGCAAUUCCGGAUCCUCUACAACGCAGGGAACAACGGGCACAUCGUCAAUUUUUGGUAGUUCGGGAACGUCCACAACGCCAGCAACAACCGGAACGUCAUCGAUUUUCGGUACAUCAGCAUCCUCCACGACACCUGGAACGACGGGCACCUCGUCACUGUUCGGCGCCUCAGGGUCUACCACAACAUCUGGCACAACUACCACAUUGGGUGCUGCCACUUCAACCACUACGGGGGAAUCUGGCGCGUCGAAGAGUCUGGGAUCAACUGCGCCGAACUUGUUCGGUAGUACUACCACAAGCUCCACACAGGCUACGCCGGCCACAACCAGCACUACCAAUAUAUUCGGUAAAACGACGGAUACGACAACUAGCACGACAUCUGGAACAGCUGGCACUAUUACGACUUCCACUACGUCCGCUACAGGAAGCUCAACUACGGGAACUACUCCGAGCUCAAACCUCUUCGGUGCUAGCACCACGAGCGGCACAUCAAGUACGACAGCACCCUCCACCACCGGUGGACUUUUCGGCUCCUCUGCCACUAAGGAUUCACAGGCAGACAGUAAAUCGAGCGAUGCGCAAUCGUCCACCAAGCCGUCUACAACGGAGGGGCCUAAAUUUACAUUUGGUGCCUCGACAACAACUAGUGGUACCACACCCGCCGACGGAAGCGCAGCACCGAAGGAAGAAGAAAAGGAGAAGCCAAAGUUCGAGCUGGAUUUCAGCGUUACAGAGCAGCACAAUGUCAUGGAACUGCUAGACAACUGGGAAGGCAGGCUGUCAAAGAAAAUCGAGUCCUUCAAGGAGUUCGCCGACAAGGUCGCCGGCAUCGACCGGAACCUGGUGCUCCAGUCCAGCAAGCUAAACAAGUUGCUAAAUGAAUACAAAGGACUCAUAGAAAAGCACGAGAAUAUGGAAUCUGUCAUCAAGCAGAUGGAGGAGGAACAGAAUGCCUCCAUUAACAUCCUCGACGCGAUGGAACGCUCGCUGCAGUCGCAGUUGGAAAACGUCCGGAAUCGCAGCGCCAACUACAACACCGUGCAGAGCAUGACAAGGCAGCUCCAAGAGCUCAGUGAGCAGCUGUCUCACGCCAACAAGGAGGCUGAGAACACCGCAAUUGCCUGCCAGCCGGAGCCGCUCUACACAGUGGCAAAGGUGCUAUCCUUCCACGAGGCGAGCAUAGUCAACCUGGAGCGCCAGUGUUACGACAUCGAGAGACGCAUCAAAGAAAUCGAAAAAACGUGA